UCCGCAAAGUUUGUUUGCAUUUCGUCAUUGAAUGAUUCAUGUGUUUCAGAGCUUCUCUUGCUGCUUCUUUUAUCGCUGUUGGUGUUUAUUUUGCGACCAUUCAGCGGGCAGAAAUAAAAGAAGGCAGCAUGUCCUCCUCACUGCCUCGAUACGUUGUCUGGGAGUCAGAGGGCUUGGUGGCCUACCUCAACCCCCGGCCCUGGACUCCAGGCUCYGUGAUCCUGGAGAGCAGUGCUCCUGGUAGUCCAGGGGGCAGCAUCUUCCACCUGAAUCAGUCUGAGUAUUUAUCCUGGCUGCUGGGGGCAAGAGCCGUAGCGGAGCUGCUGUGCGACAGGUUGGGCGUUCGGAGGUGUGCUCUGGUUAGCAGACCCCACAGAGACAGACCUGCUCAGAUCCGUGUCCUCCCACUUCACGGUCUGGAUGCAGAAUGGUGCCCUCACCUCGCUGGAGAAGAGGAGCACAAUGCCCACGACCCGGGCUUCUGCACCUCCAAAACYGCCCCUCGAUGGAGCGAGUCCAACCUGAAUGAGAUCCAGACCAGAAUUAGAGCUAAGCUCCCRUCCCCCGAUGCCCCACCUGAUCUCACGUUCCUCGGGGACGAUCCGGACCACCCUGGCCUUUUCUCCCGUAUCGUUCGCGGGGAGGAGCAGCAGUGGCGGGUGUGGGAGGACGAAAACCACGUAGCUUUUCUCACGCCUUUCCCCAACUCCCCAGGCUUCACCGUGUUAGUCCCACGCCGACCUUUGACCUCUGAUAUCUUCAAACUGGAAAAGGCAGAUUACGAGGCUCUGGUGCUGGCUACCAGGAAGGUGUCACGCCUGCUUGAGGAGGGGUUGGGUGCCUGGGGGGUGGGGCUUAUUUUUGAAGGUUAUGAAAUAGACUACGCUCAUGCCAAGUUGAUCCCCCUGGUUCAGUCCUCACUGUUGGGGGCAGAACACACCGUCACCAAAUCCCAGCCUCCACUGUUUCACCCCACGUACCCUGGAUAUGUCACAUCAGAGGAUGGACCUGAAGCCAGCUCGGAAAACCUGAAGAAGCUCCACGCUGGAAUUACUCAGACCUGAUGUUAUAGUUUAGUUCCUGCCGGGGCAAAUACCUUAUAUAGUCUUUUUACUGGAUCAUUAAUGUGUGUCCUUAUUUUCCUGGACUAACCAUGGAGGAAUGCUUGAUUUGUGCCAACACGUAUUAAAAUUACAAUUUGUUGUUUUCCAUUAAAAAAAUGAAUAAAAUCAUUUCUGGAAGACAAAUCA